UCUGAAUCGCUAUCGAUGCACAGGUGGUAUUAUUUUGUUUGUUGCAUCUAUAAGUGAAGCGAGAGACGAACCGAGGCCACCAGAUGCUACGCUUACUCGUAUCCAACUGCAGCCGCCGCAGUGACCCGCUCAGUCGAUGCCACCUGCUGCCACACCUGCCACUGCCACUACCACUGUCCCGGCGGGAGCUGAGCACCCGCCUCCAGAAUGCCACACGCCUCCUGCGACAGCAAAUCAGAAAGGACGUCCGGCCAACGCCUCCUCCGAGCACAACUAACGUCAGCCGCCUGCUACAGACCACACGCGCCCUUCUAUUUGGCGGUAGCAGCCUUGCCCUGGGCCUAGGGGCACGCAGCUGGUGGGGGGCAGGGCGGUUGUCCGUACACUGCGAGGGCAGCCGCCUGGCGGGAAUGAUGCAGCACACCCUGACGUCGGAGGAGGAAGAGGACCACAAGUUUGACUGGCAGCGCCUCUGGUCGUACCUGGAGCCACAUCUGUGGGAGCUGAUCGGCGCAAUAGUCGCAGCCCUCAUAGUGGCCUUUAUCAACAUACGCAUACCUAAUAUCCUGGGCGAUCUGGUGAACACGCUGGCUCGCUAUGGCAACACCUAUGUGAUGGACCCCAUCCACAACUCGUUUGUGCGGGACGUGAGCAAGCCGGCGACCAAUUUGCUCAGCUUGUACAUGCUCCAGUCGGGGUUCACGUUUGUGUACAUCUACCUGUUGAGCCGUGUGGGGGAGCAGGUGGCGGCCAGGAUGCGCCAGGAUCUGUUCAAGCAGAUCGUGCUGCAGGAUAUUGCCUUCUUUGACGAGAACCGCACGGGGGAGCUGGUCAAUCGGCUCACCGCCGACGUGCAGGACUUCAAGACCUCCUUCAAGCAAUUCAUUGCCCAGGGACUCCGCAGCUCAGCCCAGCUGAUCGGCGGCAGCAUCUCCCUGUUCCUCAUCUCGCCCCACAUGGCCGCCAUCGCCCUGGCCAGCGUCCCAUGCGUGGUCAUGUUCAUGUCCUAUCUGGGCCGCCAGCUGCGCUCCCUCAGUAAGAGCUCACAGGCCCAGGCGGAGCGGGCAACAGGCGUCUGCGAGGAGGCCCUCUCCAACAUUCGGACGGUCCGCUCCAGUGCUUGCGAGUACAGCGAAAUGCAGCUCUUCGAGGCGGAGACGAACAAGGCCGCCCGCCUCGCGCAGGAGCUGGGCUAUGGAAUUGCCGUCUUCCAAGGCCUAACCAACUUCUUCCUGAACACCCUAGUGCUGUCCACCCUGUUCAUGGGCGGCCACCUGAUGUCCACCGAGAGCCUCACGCCCGGUGCCCUGAUGGCCUUCCUCGUGGCCUCACAGGGCGUCCAGCGAUCCCUGUCGCAGGGAUCCAUACUCCUGGGCACCAUGAUCCGCGGCAUGACCGCCGGCAGCCGGGUGUUCGAGUUCCUCUCGCUGGAGCCGGAGGUGGACCUGCUGCGUGGCUAUGUCAUACCCCAGGAGCGACUCCAUGGAGAGAUACGGUUCGAGAACGUCUCCUUUGCCUACCCCAUGAGGCCAGACCAUAUUGUACUCAAGGACUUCACAUUGACGCUGCGCCCCGGCCAGACGGUGGCCCUGGUGGGGGCCAGUGGAUCGGGCAAAUCAACGAUAGCCGCUCUGGUAGAGCGCUUCUACGAGCCGACCUCCGGCAACAUCAAGCUGGACGGGUACAAGCUGUCGGACAUAUCGCCCUACUGGCUGCGGGCCAACGUUCUGGGGUUCAUCGAACAGCAGCCAAUACUGUUUGGUACCUCUAUCCUCGAGAAUAUCCGCUACGGGAAGCCGGAGUCCGGCGAGCAGGAUGUCUUCGAGGCGUCCAAGCUGUCGCAAUCGCAUGACUUUGUGACGGCUCUGCCGGACGGCUAUAGCACGCAUGUGGGCGAGCGCGGAACCCAGCUGAGCGGUGGACAGCGGCAACGCAUCGCCAUUGCCCGGGCCCUGCUCAAGAAUCCGCGAGUCCUUAUACUGGAUGAGGCGACGAGUGCUUUGGACGCCACCAGCGAGGCGGAAGUGCAGAAGGCCCUCGACACGGCCGUGCAGAACCGCACCACUCUGGUGAUAGCCCACCGUCUUUCCACCAUCAGGAAUGCGGAUCUAAUUGUGGUCCUCGACCAGGGACACAUUGUGGAGUCGGGCAGGCAUGGCGAGCUGAUGGCCAAACGGGGCCUCUACUACGCACUGGUGCGCCAGCAGGAGCGACGCGACAUCCAAGACCAGCAGGAGCAGCAUGCCGUGGAGGAGCCUGCUGCCACAAAGCAGGCGGAGGAAGAGGGAAGGCCGAGCACGGCCAAAGGCUGAACUGAACGACAAGAAAAUGAUUCCCCGUACAUUUAAUUUAUGAAAUUGUUAAUGUUUUUUAAUUCCAAUUGACCAACAAAAACCCUGGCACGAGACGCUUACGAUAAGUUUACAAUAAAAAAAACGCUGAAGACAGUA